UCGGUGCGCCGGAGCCCCGGGCCCGCGCUGGCGCGCCUGGAGGGCCGCGAGUUCGAGUUCCUCAUGCGGCAGCCCAGCGUCACCAUCGGCCGCAACUCGUCGCAGGGCUCGGUGGACCUGAGCAUGGGCCUGUCGAGCUUCAUCUCGCGGCGCCACCUGCAACUCAGCUUCCAGGAGCCGCACUUCUACCUGCGCUGCCUCGGCAAGAACGGCGUCUUCGUGGACGGGGCCUUCCAGCGGCGCGGCGCGCCCGCCCUGCAGCUCCCCAAACAGUGCACUUUCCGGUUCCCCAGCACAGCCAUCAAGAUUCAGUUCACUUCAUUGCUACAACAGGAAGAGGCCCCGGCAUCACCCCUCAGGCCGCUGUACCCUCAGAUCUCCCCCCUGAAGAUCCACAUUCCGGAGCCGGACCUCCGGAGCCUGGUCAGCCCUGUCCCAUCCCCAACCGGCACCAUCAGUGUUCCCAAUUCCUGCCCGGCCAGUCCACGGGGAGCUGGAUCCUCCGGCUACCGCUUUGUCCAGAAUGUGACCUCAGACCUGCAGUUGGCAGCAGAAUUUGCUGCCAAGGCCGCCUCAGAGCAGCAGGCAGACACGUCCGGAGGGGACAGCCCCAAGGACGAAUCCAAGCCACCGUACUCAUACGCCCAGCUGAUCGUGCAGGCCAUCUCCUCCGCGCAGGACAGGCAGCUAACACUAAGCGGCAUCUACGCCCACAUCACCAAGCAUUACCCCUACUACAGGACGGCUGACAAGGGCUGGCAGAAUUCUAUCCGACACAACCUCUCUUUGAACCGUUACUUUAUUAAAGUCCCCCGUUCCCAGGAGGAACCUGGGAAGGGGUCUUUUUGGAGAAUUGACCCUGCCUCAGAGGCCAAACUUGUGGAACAGGCAUUCCGAAAACGGAGGCAGCGGGGUGUCUCCUGCUUCCGGACCCCAUUUGGACCUCUGUCAUCACGGAGUGCUCCAGCCUCACCCACUCACCCCGGGCUAAUGUCCCCUCGUUCUAGUGGCCUGCAGACUCCAGAGUGCCUGUCUCGGGAGGGCUCACCCAUUCCGCACGACCCUGACUUUGGGUCAAAGUUAGCUUCUGUUCCAGAGUAUCGCUAUUCCCAAAGUGCACCUGGCUCUCCCGUCAGUGCCCAGCCAGUGAUCAUGGCUGUGCCUCCCCGACCUCCCAGUUUAGUGGCCAAGCCCGUGGCCUACAUGCCUGCCUCGAUCGUGACAGCACAGCAGCCCUCUGGCCACGCCAUCCACGUGGUGCAACAGGCCCCCCCUGUCACCAUGCUCAGGGUGGUCACCACCUCCGCCAGCUCCGCCAAUGGAUACAUCCUUGCCAGCCAGGCUUCAGCAGGGAGCACCCAUGAAGCGGCAGGCACAGCCGUGCUGGACCUGGGCAGUGAGGCCAGAGGCUUGGAAGAGAAAACCACCAUUGCAUUCGCUACCAUCCCUGCCACCAGCCGGGUUAUCCAGACAGUGGCCAGCCAGAUGGCCCCAGGGGUCCCCGGACACACAGUCACCAUUCUGCAACCAGCCACCCCAGUGACCAUCGGGCAGCACCAUCUUCCAGUCCGGGCCGUGACCCAGAAUGGGAAGCACGCUGUCCCCACUAACAGCUUAGCCGGCAGCACUUACGCCCUCACCAGCCCCCUGCAGCUCCUUGCCACCCAGGCUAGCUCCUCCACUCCAGUGGUGGUCACCCGGGUGUGUGAGGUGGGGCCUGAGGAGCCGGCGGCGGUAGCAUCGGCAGUCACAGCCGCCACCACCCCAGCCUCUGCCAGCACCACCUCCACCUCCACCUCUCCCACCGGGGAGCCCGAGGUCAAGCGGUCCCGAGUGGAAGAGCCCAGUGGAACUGUGACCACACAGGCUGGAGUAAUCACGGCCUCUGGCCCGCAGGCGCCAGGCUCCGGGGAAUGAAGUCAUCUGCACGGAGGUGGAGCGGGACGCAUGCCACGAAGAAUUCUGGAGCUGAUCGUGAUGCCGACAGCGCUGC